UAUUAUUUUGAUGCAAAGAGACUUGACUCCACAAGAUGUGUUACCCUUGAUAGUAGAAUACUUGAGAUCCAUUGGAUUGAAGAAAUCUGCAAAGCAAAUUGAUUCUUUGUACGAACAUGAUGAAACUCCAAUGACGAACAAGGAUUUAUAAAAAAUAAUAAAAUAUUAUGUUGAAGGACAUCCGUAAUUAGCAAUUGCAUAUUGAUUAGUAAGCUUGCUGCCAAAUUUGUUGCUGAGGCUGAGCAUGAAGAAUAAGAAGAACAAGAGGAGGAGGAAAGUGAUUAACCAAAGGAGGAGGCGAAGAACAACAAAUAAUCUGCAAAGCAAUUGUCAGAUAAGAGAACAUUCACUCAAAUGAGUAGUAUUGAGAUGUUAAAUAUAAGACAUACCAAUCACUGAGGAGGUUGGAGAGAAAAAGGAGAAGAAGAGGUUUUUCCAAAAAUGUGAUGAAACAGUGUUUGAGAAAAUGCCAGAACAUUUGAGAGACAACACUUUUGAGGCCAAAAAGAAGUUUGGAGAAGGGGAUCAAUAUGGUGAGUUUGGAAAUGAGAAGUUGAAGUUCACAAGGGGAGACAAUUUUAAGAAGGAGAAGGGAAAAUUAAAGAAUAGAUAAUUUUAAGGUAUGGGUAGCAUUAAUUUGAAUUCAAUAAACUCAAUUAAGUUAUGAAAAUUUAAAAUAUUUAAUAUUUGUUCAUUAUCAUCUUUAAAUU